AUGUCUAAGGUAAAGCAGCUCGAAGAAGAACCGGUUAACUCUGAUCUUGAGGAAGAUGAAAUUGCAAAUGACUGGUCUGAAAUAGCAAAACUGUCAGCAACAAAAUAUGCUGCAGUACUCCCGAAAAGAGGUGAGAAGGAAUACGAACCUGAUGGAACAAAUAUUCAGGAGUUGCUAGUUUACAGGGCAAGACGAGCAAUGUUUGAUGCUUUAACUCAUUCUCCAAGAGGUGCUGUGCUGAAAUCACAGAUCAAAGCGUAUUAUCUACCUGAUAUACAUAAAGCAAUCCUCCCCAAUCCAAAAGGUAACUUCAUGCAGACAAUGGGCUAUGCUGAUUCAUCAGGUGCACUUUACUUACAGUUCUAUGAAUUUGUUUAUUUGGCAGAGAGAGGCACCAUUACACCAUACAUCCAUUCAGGUUCCAUAUCAGUGGAAUAUCGCGAUAUACCUCUGAGUGUGGAAGAUAUGUAUGCUCUUUUUAACUCCCAAAAUGAACUUGAUAAUUAUUCAGUCUACUCACACUUGAAGAGAUUGGGAUUUAUUGUACAAGCAACGGAUAUGAGCACUUCAGCUAAAGCAAGUUUCUUUCCUACUUCUGUCAAAAAGGCUCGUUUAAACGUCACGCCGCAGAUAUAUUCACAUCUAACGUCUUUCUUCAAAACCCAUUCCUUGACUUUUUUCAAUCAUAUCUUUUAUACUCCCUAUAUUGAUGCUUUUAAAAGAAAUAUUGGUGCCAUUCCAUUAUAUAAAUCGCUUAACAAGCUCAUAACGUGCUACGAUGUACCAAAGACGAUAGAAGCUAUACGAAAAGAGCAUUCAACAGAAAGAAGUAGAGAAACUGAACAGUUUUUGAGAAUUGCCUUCGAUGUGUGGAAGCCACAAGUUAAUUUCAAGAAGAAGAGUCCAGAAUUACCUGACUUUCAAGUGGUAGUGUACAACAAAAACAUAGCAUCGCAACACUUCCCAAACUAUAGCGACUUCAAAACAAUAUUCAACUCUCUUGAUUAUAAAUUUGAUUUUUUGAAAAUACCUGAUGACGUUGACAGUAAUGAAGUUGAAUGGUGGGAUUCUAAUACAUAUAAUGAGGGGAUUCCAAGGUACAUGUAUUUGGCGUCUACAAAAUCGAAGCAUUCCAAGAAGCCAUCUUCUCAACAGGAUAUAAAGAUUGAACGAAAAAUGAAGAGGCAGAAGCCCAAGAAGAGUAUUUCCCCACGGCUACAACAAAUGAGAGACCUGAAAAAUGGGUAUCGCAGCUUUCUGCUGGCUGUUAUGGAUAAUGGUAUAAUAAGUUUCGUCAAAAUCGUGGAAGCAGACUUUGGUUCACAAAACGUGUGGUAUUCACCAAAGCAAAACAAAAAGAAGUGA